AUGACGUGGUUAGUCCUGUUGUUGCUAUCGUUAUCACCUGAGGCGGAGACCCUACCGCCCUUCGCGGCUGAUUUAGCGGUGGAUUACUUCGUGCAUAAGGGGGUCAGUCAUGUCUGUUAUCUGUCCUGCGCUGAUCAGUAUCAAAACACAAUAAUAGCCAAGAACCUCAUCAAUCACGACAUUAGAACAUCAGCUCCAUCGGUAAAGAAAUCGCUGCAGAAUCUCUCCAUGGUGUUGGACCACCGGAAUGUCAUGGGUGUCUUAUUAAAUGGUGAAUGCGAGAAGGCUCAGGAUAUACUACGCGAAGCAUCAAGACUAGCUUUGCUGGAUGACCACCAUGCCUGGCUCGUGCUGCAUCCGCCAAGCACCAGUUUCAUCCAGGGUUUCCAGGACCUCAAUAUGAGCGUAGACGCUGACAUAAUUUUAGCCAGUUAUCGUGGGGACCACUACGAGUUGGCGGAUCUCUUCAACUUCGGCAGGAUACAACAGAAUCCUUUGGAGACGAUACGAGCUGGAACUUGGAACAUGUCAGACGGUUUGAACUUAGCUCUGAAAGCGUAUAAGUACUACGACCGCUGGAAUUUCCAUAACUUAACACUGCGCGCUAUAUCCGUGAUUUUCAAUAGUCCAAAAGAAUUCCACCCCGAGAUGCUGUCGGAUGUUCGCUAUUCGGCCGGGGUGUCCGCCAUGACGAAGGUUGCAGCUCAGAUACUCAAUGUCCUGAUGGAGCAACACAAUUUUAGGUUUAAUUAUACAAUUGCAAGUCGUUGGAUUGGUACACCCGAAAGAAACUCUACGUUGGCGGUGACAAACUCCUUGCUGUGGAAAGAACAGGAUAUCUCGUGCACCUGCGCCAGGAUCUUCCCGCAAUGGCUCGACUGGGUCGACAUCUUAUACCCUCCAGCUACGACGCUAGAGUCGAAAUUCUUCUACCUCAUCCCGAAUAAAGGCAUUGGAGACUAUGAAAAUCGCUUUCUAACACCAUUGUCUUCUGGAGUGUGGUUGAUUUACUGCCUAGCUGGGGUCAUCUGCACCAUCUCUCUGACGAUAGCAGCCUGCAUGGAGACCAACAGUGACACUCCUACUCGCCUUCAAUUCAAAUCAGUGAUAGCUUUUUUUAGCGUCCUAGCGGCUGUGUGCCUACAAGCUUAUGAAGAUGUCCAGCAAUUGGAAAAACGCUUUUCAAGUCAAGGUCGUCGCAUGAUCCUCCUGAUCGUGGGUCUCAUGAGCAUGAUCCUCUACAACUACUACACCAGCAGCGUGGUUUCUUGGCUGCUGAACGCCGCUUCUCCCACCAUCGCCACCCUGGACGGGCUCAUCAACAGUGACUUGGAACUCGUCUUCGAAGACAUUGGAUAUACGAGAGGCUGGUUGGAGAAUCCUGGCUUCUAUUACUACUCUGGCUACAAGAAUUUGAAGGAAGACAAACUUCGUGAAGUGAAAGUGACGAAAGCACGUCGAACCGUUCCUACUUUGCAGCCCGUAGAAGAUGGAAUAAAUCUUGUGCGAAAAGGGGGGUACGCAUAUCACACGGAGCCAUAUACAGCCAACCAGAUAAUCUCGCGGACUUUUGGUGAACGUGAGUUGUGCGAACUGAGCUCUCUACAGAUGAUGCGGCCGGCUUUCGUCUACAUCAUGGUUCAAAAAAAUAGCCCCUAUAAAGAGUUCUUUGUUUGGAGCUUACAGCGUCUCUCAGAGCGCGGUCACAUGUCAGCCUCCCGGCGGCGCAUCAGCAGCGUCAUCCCCCCCUGCUCGGGCCGCACGCCGCGCUCCCUGGCCCUGGGGCAAGCUGCGCCGGCGUUCCUGCUGCUGUUGGAAGCUAUGCUGCUCUCGCUGGUUCUACUCACGUUGGAAAUACUGUGGCACAGGUAUCAACUUAACAAGAGAGCGGGCAAAAAAUCGACUCGGAUACCAAACUAUUCUAUAACACUAUCGGAAUAA